CACGCAGAGAGGCGUCGGGUCAACGUGCCAGGUAGCAACGCCUCAGGACAGCCGUCGACGGUCCCUUCGUCGCCGUCCACGUCCUCGCGCCGGUCUCGUCUCUCAGCGGCGGGCUGGCAUCGUGGUUCCUUGUCUCCUAGAGAGCGCGGACUGCCGCCGGCGACUCCGGGGAAUGACAACCAUGGGGUCCUUCCACGCCGUCUCCGCGAGCUUCGUCCUCCUCGCGGCCACGAUCGUCUUGCUGCCCGUCACGCAUCGCGCGCCGUUUGCAUACGCCGCAGAGAGCGGCGGCAGUAUGCUGGGGGACGUAAACAUCUCCGCAAUAUUGGACUCCUUCUCCAUCAGUUACGAUAAAAGAGUAAGGCCGAACUACGGAGGUCCUCCCGUCGAGGUGGGCGUCACCAUGUACGUCUUGAGUAUCAGCUCCCUAUCCGAAGUGAAAAUGUCACCUGUGUCGUACCAGGACUUCACGUUGGAUUUUUACUUCCGACAAUUCUGGACGGAUCCGCGACUCGCAUUUAAGAAGCGACAGGGCGUCGAGACGCUCAGCGUCGGCUCGGAAUUCAUCAAGAACAUUUGGGUGCCCGACACCUUCUUCGUCAACGAGAAGCAGUCGUACUUUCACAUCGCUACCACCAGCAACGAGUUCAUUCGCAUUCAUCACUCGGGAAGCAUCACGCGUAGUAUACGCUUAACGAUUACAGCGUCGUGUCCUAUGAACUUACAGUAUUUCCCGAUGGACCGGCAACUCUGCCAUAUCGAGAUCGAGAGCUUCGGAUACACGAUGAGGGACAUCCGGUACAAGUGGAACGAAGGCCCGAACAGCGUCGGGGUCAGCAACGAGGUCUCGCUGCCUCAGUUCAAGGUCCUCGGCCACCGUCAGCGAGCCAUGGAGAUUAGUCUUACCACCGGGAAUUACUCGCGGCUGGCCUGCGAGAUCCAGUUCGUACGGUCGAUGGGCUACUACCUGAUCCAGAUCUACAUACCCUCAGGGCUGAUUGUCAUAAUAUCGUGGGUGAGCUUUUGGCUAAACCGAAACGCGACCCCCGCUCGGGUGGCCCUCGGAGUAACCACUGUGCUCACUAUGACGACCCUAAUGUCCUCGACGAACGCGGCGCUACCAAAGAUCUCCUACGUCAAGUCCAUCGACGUCUAUCUGGGCACCUGCUUCGUCAUGGUCUUUGCCUCGUUGCUCGAGUACGCUACGGUGGGCUACAUGGCGAAGAGGAUUCAGAUGCGGAAGAAUCGCUUCCAAAAGAUAGCCGAGAGCAUGAAGGCGGCGAGCGAGAAUCCAGGACCGCCGCGCGUGCCCGGCGAUCACGGCGAUCACGCGCCUAAGCAAACUGAGGUGCGGUUCAAGGUGCACGACCCAAAGGCACACAGCAAAGGUGGGACGCUCGAGAACACCAUUAACGGUCGCGCCGAUGAGGAAACGGCGAGCGCGCCGCAACAUAUUAUUCAUCCUGGCAAGGACAUCACCAAGCUCUACGGUAUGAGUAGACCAUGCAUAACACCGUCGGACAUCGACAAAUACUCCCGCAUCGUGUUCCCGGUGUGCUUCGUCUGCUUCAACCUGAUGUACUGGAUCAUUUAUCUCCACAUCAGCGACGUGGUCGCGGACGACCUCGUGCUGCUCGAGGAGGCGAAGUAAACGACGACGUCGCAGCG